AUGCUCACUCCUCAAGAACUGAGACAAGCUCACUUCAAGGCAGUGGCCGGUUAUGGAUUGAUGGGUCUCACAUGGACACCAGAACCUGCCCCUAAGGAAGUUGCCUUUGCUGCCAUUGACAAGGCGAUUGAAUUGAGUGCUAAACCAGUUCUUCUCAAUGUAGGUGAACUUUAUGGACCAGAUUGGGCCAAUUUACGACUAGCCCGCGAAUAUUUUGCUAAUCGUCCAGGAUAUCGUGAAAAGGUGAUUGUCAGUUGUAAAGGGUGCGUAGAUCUCAAAACCUUGACUCCAAAGGGAGACCGCGCCAGUGUCAUUGCCUCAGUCGAAAACUCCGUCCGUGAGUUUGGUGGACCAAUCGAUAUCUUCGAACCAGCUCGUAUUGACACCAAAUUAGCGGGCUCCAAUCCUUACGCAGCCGAGACGUUCGACACUUUGGUCGAGUUUAUUCAUAAGGGCGUCAUUGGAGCCAUUUCUUUGAGUGAGGUCAAUGCCGAGCAGAUCCGUGCUUUAGAUGAUAAAUAUCACGAUUACAUCGCAUGUGUCGAAGUUGAGCUUUCGCUUUUUUCACCUCAUAUUCUCUCUGAUGGUGUCGCCGACAUUUGCAAUGAAAGAGGCUUGCCCAUUCUGUGCUACUCUCCAUUGUGUCGUGGUUUCCUGACAGGAGCGAUCAAAUCCGCCAAUGACAUGAAAGACGGCGACUUCCGUAAGGCGUUGAAGAAAUUCAGUGGUGAUGCUUUCGAGCACAACAUGCAACUACCCAGAUUCUUGCAAAAGGAAAUCGUCGAUAAAAGAAACGACGGCACCACCCUUUCCCAAAUUGCUUUGGCAUGGAUUGUGUCUUUGAACGCCAAAUACCCAAAUACUCGAUUCAUCCCACUUCCUGGUGGAUCCUCCACCCGUCGUGUUGAGGAAAACCUUUCCUUCAAGCAGCUCACAGAGCAGGAGCUGGCCAAGAUCGACAAGUUCCUCGAGAACUUUGAGGUUGUCGGUGACAGGUACGAAACAAUAUAA